AUGGCAGGCUCCACUGGCUCUUUAUUAGCAUUCGGUAUUUUUGUAUUAUUACUAGCUGGAUGGCUCGGACAAAAGUAUGGUCUGCCUCCACCACCACCAAAGAUAGCCGGUAUCGAUUUAGGAACAACUUAUUCGUCAAUAGGCAUUUAUCAUGCUGUGACCGGUGAUACUAUCAUUUUAGCCGAUGAUUUGGGCAAGAAGUCGGUGCCAAGUGUAGUUGCUUUUCUACCGAAUGGCACUGUUAUUAUUGGAACAAGAGCUGUGGAACAACAAGAGCACAAUCCAAAACAGACAAUUUAUGAUGCAAAACGGUUUAUUGGCCGAAAUUUCGAGAAGGAUAACCAGGACUUCUUGGCAGAUCAGAAACGGUAUCCGUUCACAAUCAAACUCGAUUCCGAUGGCAAAGCAUUUUUCGAGAUUCCCCUCGACGCCGGUGUCAAAAAUGUGUAUCCUGAAGAAAUCGGAGCGCUUAUCAUUGAAUAUCUGAAAUCAGCAGCAGCAAAACAUUUGGGUGUUACUCUGGGACAAGUAGUCAUUUCAUGUCCAGCCGAAUUCAAUGAAAAGCAACGGAAUUUCACAGCAAAAGCAGCAGAAAUCGCUGAAAUGGAAGUUCGGCGCGUGAUUUCAGAGCCAACGGCUGCAGCGUUGGCAUACGGAUUACACAAGAAGCAAGGAGUGGAAAAUGUGGUUGUUGUUGAUUUGGGAGGCGGAACUCUCGACGUGUCGGUUCUCUGGCUUCAAGGUGGCGUCUUCGUCACUCAAGCAAUGGCUGGAAACAAUAGACUCGGUGGUCAAGACUUCAAUGAGCGAGUUCAAAAGCAUCUUAUCGAGAAAAUAGCUGAAAAGUUCGGAAAAACUAUCAAUGACAAGGAGGAUAUUCAACAGAUUCGAUUGGAAGUUGAAAAAGGGAAAAUUCGAUUGACAAGUGUUCCAUCGACUACAAUUUCAUUGAAUUUGAAGACAGUUGGAAAGUGGAAAUACGAUUUGACGAGAGAUGAAUUUGAAAAGUUGAAUGAGGACUUGCUGAAAUCUAUUGAACUUCCAAUAGCAGCCGCGUUGGAAGAUGCAAAUCUUGAUACGGCAGAUGUGGACGAAAUUGUGUUGGUUGGUGGGUCGACUCAAGUUCCAGCAGUGCGAAAAAUCGUCGGGCGGUUUUUCAAAAAAUCCGCCAACUACGGUGUCGAUCCGGAGCUUGCCGUUGUGACAGGAGCCUCCGUGCAAGCUGGUGUCAUCGGUGGUGGAUGGCCUCUUCAAGUGGCUGCAAUGGAGUUACCUGCGAAACGACGAAAGCGACAUUUUUUCACAGAACAACAGAAAGAGAAUGAGCAAGAUCGAGCGACGACGACGACGACGAAAGAAUUAUAA